ACACUGCUCUUAACUCAAACAAGGAGAAGAAAAAAAUAUUUCUCGUGAAAGCAGCAGAGCGUUAUUGAAAUUAUUGCGUCUUACUAAAAAUUUUUAUACAUAAUAUCUCUAUUAAUUAAAGAAAUCAUGUGCAUGAACUCUUGAAAGUAUUAAUUAAUAAAGAAUCGGGGCAAGAUGGUGUCAACUAGGCAGAUGAGUAGUAUCGGGGGCGGCAGCGGGAGCAGCGACGGCGCCGGGCCCUCGCACGCGGAGCCCGUGACGGUGGCGCGCGUGACUCGCCACUCCAGCGCCCUGCUGCCGGGGGGCUCGUCGCCGCACGCCAGCAGCUCCAAACACGUCAUGAUACCUGCGCCCAAGAUAUUUACCACUAACUUGCUCGAUUUGCCUAUUGAAGUUUUAGAAAAGAUAUUUCGCUAUUUGGGAUUUAAAAGUGUCUCCCACCUCAGAAUGAUAAACCGGCAUUGCAAUACUGUAUGUAGUGGCAUUUUGAAUUCCACCUUUCAAAGACUACAAAAUCAAAUGCUGCAUCGCUUCCAAGCAAUCAAGGCAAAGAUGCCUCGCAGGGAGUCUGCACGCAGGAGUCAUCCACUUGCAUGUGAAUCUGAUAUAAUUGAAACACUACAUAUGCGAUUAAGCUUACUACAAAUGACAUUUGGCAAACAUAUAGAAAGGAAACAUUGCUGUUUUUUUCCAGGCGAGAUCCUUGAUGAGGUGUAUAGUAUUUUGUCAUAUUUGAAAACAACAACAAAACUUGCAAGACCUUAUAAGGUGACAGAUGAGCUUUUUGAUUUGACCACAAUGGCCAUGGAAUACUUCAAGGAGCACAUUGAGCCUAAUUUACCUGAAAUCACAUAUUUUGGUACCGAUUUCUUUGAUAUCACUACAGCUUUUUCACCCGGGGAGAGCAGCAAGUCGUACCUGUGCCUGGACUCGCCGCCGCCCGCCGGCUUCGAGGCGUCGCCGGCGGCGGAGCGCGCGGCCGAGCGGCGCGCGUCCGUCAACCUGUACCUGGAGGAGAGCCUGCCGCCCUCGCCGCCGCCGCCGCAGAGCAACAUGGUGCUGCGCAAGCGCAUUCACCGCAUCAAGCAGGGCAUGAAGAAGUACAACGACCAAUUAUCUGCACUACGAAGUGACCUCAGGAGUUGUAAGCGCAAGACGGCUCUGCAGCAGAAGCAAAUCGCGGAACAACAGAAGCAGAUCGCCGAACAACAGAAGCAGACAUUAGAAUAUGCUAACCGGUUGGAUGACUACGAUAAGAAGAAUGAGGAAACUAGUAGAAAAUUUCAGACUUUAUUGCAGGAGCUAAACAAGUGUAAGACGGAGUUGCAGUACUGGCGCUCUCGGUCGCCCGCCGUGCCGCCGCUGUGCGCCGAGUGCGGCGCCUCUCUGCGCCUCUCGCCCGCUCUAGCCCAGUGGGCGGCGGGUUCGAGCGCAGAAGCGAGCGAGGAGACCGCGAGCGGCAGCAAAGACACGGUCGCGGUGGACACGCCGACCGACGUGCCGCCCAAGCCCGAGGUGAAGGAGAGCGAGGAGCCCGCGAGCUCGCCGCCCGCGCGCCGCCGCGCCUCGGCCGACGCCGCGCACACGCCUGAACGCAAGAAGCGGCGCCUCACGCGCCCGCGCAAGCUGUGAGGCGACGCGCGCCGACUGCGGCCGAGCGACGAGGCCGACCGCAACACGCCGCGCCUCCGGGCUCGUACAGACGGCGCCGCGGCCAUGGCGGCAUCGCAUCGCGUAGCCAUGUAGACUAAACGCACCCGUACCGUCGCCGCUUCAUUUUGCCCUAUCACUGUACAUUUCAUUGCCAACCAAGAGCACUGUCGCGUGGUGAACGUGUCGAAAUUAACCAAGAAAAAAAAGUUAGUGUUUGCAUGUUAAAGAAUACGUACAGAAAAUUGCAAAUCAAAAUAAAAAAGUCGAAUAGAAGGUUGGGUUCAUCCUAUUUUGUUGCAAAGAUAGGAACAUGUAUGUUGAAAGGCGCUGCCGCUAUAACGUUUACCAUGUUGCGCGGCGAUGGUGUGUCCGCAGUGCGAGCGCCCUUUGAUUCGCGACUCUACGACUGCGCUCGCUAUAAUAUUUUUGGUAACAGUAACGUGCAACGGUUAAGUUACAGCUUACCAUCGAGUACAGAAGAUAAGGAGCAUGCAAGCUAAAUGCUUGCAGGCUUUUUAUCAGUCUGUCUUGUUUUGACGGUUAAUAUCAGUAGGGCAUUUUCAACAUUUGAGACUGCUGACAUAGACAGCUUGAAGCAGUUGGUUGUGUCUGCUUAAAGUGGUCGACUGCCCUAGCAUAUGAAUAUGUGCUGAACCGAUGACCACUGGGGCAGACGUGUGGGGACGACGUGCGGGGUAGCGGGAAGUGGUGGAUGAGGAAGAUGGAAGACUGUGGUAACGCGCUCUCGGGAAGGCCUAUGUCCAGUUCUGGUUUAUGACUAGCUGCUUUAAUCUGUCUGUGUAAGGCCGCUCUUAGGUGUUUUUCUCACGCUGAUCAUCGGUGUUGACAGGUCAAUUUGCAUUACUUUUCGGUUCAUUCAUUCAUUAUUAAGUUCCUGAGAUGAGCAGGCGUAAGCGCUCGGCUCAGCCCGGCUGAGCACUCUGCGCUGAUGCAGUUUUCAUU